AAAUCAGACUUUGACGCCUCAGCCGCCAUUCGUUGAAAAAGUGGGAUCCUCAGAAAGCGCGCUUUAAACGAAGAUAAAACUCGACCAAAAAGCUGAAUAAAAUCGAGAUUACAUAGUGAACAAAAGAUAUACCCCACAAGGCUUAAUCAGAGGGUUAAAAAACCAAGAAACACCGGCAUUUCUCAUAGCGGCAAGCAAUUGCAUCAGUGUGUGCGGUUGUCCCAAAAAAAGGAAGCUUAAAUUUCUGGUUGUUAAUUUGCGAAAGGUGCUAAAAACCAGGGCGUGAAGUUGACGGUAAGCUAGAGGGAAGAGGUGAAAUAAGUGCAACGCAAUUUGCUGGCUGACUAACCCCCCCGUGGCCUUGAACUCGACAGACUUGGCUGCCGUCCACUCACCCACACACAUACCCCAGCAUAUAUAUAUACACACGCAAGCCGCUUCUACUAACUGAAGAGAAAGGAGAGGAGGAGAGGAGAAAGGGGAAGAACAGAGAGCGAAGAAAGUAAACAAGAAGAAGAAAGCCAUGGCCGAGCCAAGGACGCCCGAGAAGCUGCUGACCGCCAAGCCGCCGGUGUUCCACCACAACAGCCACAGUCCCAAUGCCUCACUGCAGCUGCCCAGUCCCAUCAUCACGAGGCGCACUCGCACGGCCUCGACCUCCGCUCGGGCCUUGGAAAAUCCGGUUGUGACCGGCGUUGUGAAAUCCUUCAGCCGCACCAAAGGACACGGCUUCAUUACACCCCAUGCCGGCGGAGAGGACGUUUUCUGCCAUGUUUCCGACAUCGAGGGUGAAUAUGUGCCCAUGCCCGGGGACGAGGUCAAAUACCGUCUGUGCGCCAUUCCGCCCAAGUACGAGAAACACCAAGCGGUGCACGUGCAGAUUAGCAACCUGACGCCCGAGGUGCACCACAAGUGGGAGGAGCCCUUCUUUGGCGGCUCCUCGCCCGCCAAGUAAGGCUGGGAGGCCCAGGAUGCGGAGUGCGGAUUGCGGGAGCGGAAAAGUGAGCAGUUAAAAGCUGAACGGCCUUCCAAGAAAUUUAAUUGAGCUAGAGCACGCCACCCGAGAUGAGCGAAAUGGAAAACCCGAACAGAACAAUAACCAUGAAUGUAAAUGAAACCGAAGCAGCCAGGAAAACAGCCCAAUCCCGACCAGAACGAACGUAAUAGAAAUGAGCAACAUGCCUGCCUGCCAUCCAGCCAGCCAGCGAGCAGCAUCACCAGAGUUUCAAUUGAACACUUAAUUAGAAUUUAAGCUAAGCUAUGAAAGUCAAAACACAGUCACAAACAUUGCCUUUUCCUCUGGAAGAGGGGAGGGCAAACGAAACCAGUUUCGAGUAUAUUAUUGAGAACCUAUGUAUUUGGAAAUUGAAAUCGUUGUUCGAGAAGCCACUCGCACAGCGCCCGAUGCUGUGGAGCCUGUAUCAGUAAUUAAUUUUAAUUAUAUCGAAACAUCUGAAUGUGUUCGCCAAGCAAACAAGCAAAAUGCUCUCAGUAAUUCACUUUAUUAUUAAAACAAAAGCUGCAAAACAAU